UAACAUAGACUAUACUAGAAAACUUCACGAAAGGUUUCCAUUCUCCUGAAUCAAUUUUUCUUUUGAUAAAUAAGGAAAAUCGCGAUUAAAUUAUAAUAAUUGUUAUGGGAUGAAUUGAUGAACACUAUUAUUUUUUUUGAUAAAAAGUUAUUAGCAACAUCUUAGCAACUGUAACAAACAACGACAGUAACAAAUAAUCUGGUUGGUCGGAAUAUGUAUACAUACUAUAAAGUGUACAUACAGUGUACUCAGUGAAGUGUGGUGGACAAAUCUUUUGUUGUCGAUUUAGAAUUCGUAUUUGAACUUCACAAAACAUGACGGAAUUCAGCUAGACAGUAUUAAACUGAGUGUAUUUGCAUUAAUACAUGGACAAUGAAGAGCUUUGGUUAAGAAUAUAAAAGAUAAUUGAUUAGACGAUGUUAAAAAUACGUGUGCUCACAAUGAUUGGACUGUAAUACGUGCGUAGUUGUUUUGUUGGAUUCACCGAUUUUUCGUCGUAAACAGGAAAGAUGGCUGUUAAAAAACAUCAGUUGGUUGCUGAUAACCGCGACCAACUGGAUUUGGCUGCACUGGCGCAGUACUUCCAAAUGAUGAAUGAACAGUCAACCUGUUUGCCGCCACUUCAAGAACUAAUCAAGCAAUGCCAAGAUAUUGUCAAGUGUCUGGCUCGCACUGCAGGCACCGCGGAUCAACUAUGGCAAUUACUGGAACCUGUCGAGAAUUACUUACUUCGUAGUGUCACAACAGUCAACAAUGAUAUUCGAUAUGAAGUUUUCAACGCAAUUCUAAACAAGUUCUAUUCAUAUAUUUCUGAUCCACAAUCUGAUGCCUGUCCUGCCACGGCAGCGGUUUUAAUAAUAAUAGAUGAGUCGGACGAGAAUGAGACUAUGUCAGCAGCACGGGUGUUGGUUGAGCAAACGGAAAACAGACCGGCUGGACCCGGCCUCCGUGCUGCUUUGUCCUGCCUGUACCGCUGGCUGCAUAGCUGGCACAGCACUCCCGGGCUUGGUUUCUGGAUUUUAGCGUACAUAAAAGCAUUAGAAGAGAGCGUGCAUCAUGACAUUCUCAUAGAGACGAGCCAAGAUAAUCUGGCCAGGCUUCUCUCCUGCCUGUCUGUACAGCAUCCAGUUCACCAAAAUACAGCCAACGUAAUUUUCCACGUACUGGCCUCUCUUCGCGAAUCAGUGGAAGCUUUUGAUAGGAUAUCAACAGUGGUGGGUGACGUGCUGGUCCACCUCGCUUCGGACAGUGGCCAUUGGAGCCGGCAACUCCUUCAAGAUCUAGUGGACAUAGUGACUGCAAUGGUCGAUCGUAUCUCUAGCUGCCUGAAGGAUGACGCACUGGAAAUGUUCCGUGACAAAUAUGCUGAUGUGAUUUUGUGUUUGGAACGACACAUGGCAUCUCGAGCGUCCACGUUCCUCCAGCUGCCGGCCUGGCGCACUCGCAAUUCAUUCCCAGGUGGGAACAAUAAUGUCUCAAUGCGGAAGGUGGGCCUGUUGAACCUCGGCAACACCUGCUAUAUGAACAGCGUGAUCCAAGCACUUCUUGUCACCAGGCAGUUCAGCACCCAUGUAGUGCUCCGGAACCUCACGGUCCCGUACUGGGAAAAAUUGGGCGAACUGUUUGCCCAUAUGAUGUACUCAGUCUCGAACAAGCUGGACCCCGACAAGUACUUCCGAUUCUUAAGACCGCCCUUCUUCACUCUGGACACACAACACGACAGUUCCGAGUUUUUGGGCUACUUGCUGGAGUUAUUCCAGUCAUACGAGCACUCUACGGAGACUAACCACGAUUACUCUCGGCCACCGGUGUUGAAUGGAGCUAAUCGCUUGCGCGCCUUGUACCCACAUGUUCCGCCCUCCACUUCCACGAGUGCAACUCAAGAUCAUGCCGAACCUGGUCACAGCCGUCAACCCGUCGCGCCACGCCCUGGUAGUAGCCGUGGCUCCGGUUCAAGUGCACUCAAACGUAAUUCUUCUAACAAAGAGCCAUUAGCUUUGCCACCCAGGAAAAGGUUACGUACAAACGAAGCGACGGUGUUGCGUCGCGACUCUGCCAUUGAUGGUAUGUUCGGAGGGGUGUUGCUGACACGAGUCCAAUGCACCGUUUGCCGCUCCUCUUCGCUGUCUCGCGACGUCUUCCGAGAUCUGCAACUCGCAUUCCCCGAGAAGCCUGAGGGCAGGGAGCACAGCGUGCAAAGUCUCUUGGAAUACUACUGUUCCAAGGAGAGCCUCUCCGGUGAUAACAAGUACCAGUGCCACGAUUGCGGCGGCUUGCGUGACGCCGAGAGGAGCGUGCUCAUCGAGACUACGCCCAAAUACCUUAUAUUAGUGCUGAAGAACUUUAAAUCCAGGUAUAUAACCCGACCUAAUAUGGCUCCAGAGUUCGAUUCGAAGCUGCAGGUGCAGACCAAGUUGAUGCACACGGUGUAUUACAACCACACCAUAACUCUGCCUACUGUGCGCGCACAGGCGGUGCACGCAUCGUACAACGUAUUCGCUGCGGUCAUCCACGCCGGAACCACUCUGGACUCGGGCCACUAUUACACUCUCGCCAAAGACAACGAUCAGUGGCACAAGUAUAACGACUGCUCGGUCACAUACGCCGAUGAGAGUCACCUCAAUAAGCUCAACCGAUCCAGUACGCCAUACAUCCUGUUCUACAGGCGAUCCGAUAUCGAGGAACCGCCUGCACCGACUUUCGAGCAGCUGCCGCGCGCUCUCCGGGAUGAGAUCUCCUCUGACAAUAAGCUGUACGUGGAAACUGUGCGUAAAUUGCGAAUUGGUCGCCCAUGACAAUUAAGGUCCCACAAACGCUACGAUUUCUCAGUGCUCGACAGUGAGGAAUAAGAUGUAAGACUCAAUCCAUCUGUGCGCGUUUGAAAAUCGAAAUAUAUAUUUCCGGUUUAUUUACUUCUAUAU